AGUCACCGAUCAUUCUCGCUAGAACUCACAUCAUGACCGUAGACGAGCCGCAGAUUGUGGCCUUUAGUGUCAGUCGUAAGCAACGAGUGGGAUACCUAAAAGAGGAGCCCACAUGGAUUCAUUGCCCUUCGUGUGAAAAGGGCGGAACCAGUGUGGUGCAAUUGGAGGUGGUUACUUGCCUGCAGAAAUUUCUGGGGCUCACAAAACUUUGUAAAAAGUGGCCGGGUCGUCAGGACAUUAACCACUAUUGUUCACACUGCGGCUGCUUCAUUGGGAGAUUCGUAGACAUCAGCUGCAUGGAGCGGUGUAUUUCAAGAUCAGCACGUAAAAAGGCGGCUGUGGAUGAUAUGACUCUGAAAACGCGUCCCAAGGAUUGCGCUGAAAGGGCCCAGAAAUCCCGGGAAAAAGUGCUGGCCAACAGAGAAAAGAAAAGGGCUGAGAAAGCAGCCAAGGAACUGGAAAAGUCCCAAACACAAAUAGCUGUACAUCAAUGAUCAAGUGGUUUUUAAAUUCAAUGCUCACAUUUUUAAUUUGCCAGAAACCUGUUGCGUAGACUAUUCGGUAGAAAAAACUAGCACAUGUAUCAACAUUUGGCCAACAACAAUAUAUUUGUUAAUUAUAACUAAAAAAUAAAUCUUCAUAAUUAUCGUAUUUAUGUAUAAUACAAUGGAUCCAUAGAA